AUGAGUCCAACACUUAUGCCAGCUGCAAUCGCAUUCGCGGUCAUAUUUCUCUUGCGUUGCAUUCACACUGCGAUGUACGGCCGCUUUCGCAGGGAUUGUACCUGCAAGAGAAAUCAUAUUCACAUUCAGGAUCUCUCCAAAGCAACCGCUAUUCUCAAAUCCUCGACCCUCCAAUCCCGCGCUCUUCCUAAUCAGCGUCUUGUCUCUGUUUUCUUCAUUUCAAAUGCUUUUACCACGACUGACCAAGUCGUCUAUAGCUCCUUUCUUGCAGAAGCGAAAGAUCUUCUAAAGACUUCCAAUGAUGAUUUCUUUGGCCUGGCACAUGAUACACUACGUCUGACUCGAGAUAUAUCAUCGGUUCCGUCCACUAAGCCUAUACAACUGAACUCGCUAAUCCAAGUCGUCUGCUUUCGAUUCGUCCUUCUCAAAUUCUUUCCCUCUACAACCGUGGUUCCUUCCUCGGACUCGUCUAUCCCUGGUAUAACUGAACUCAUAAAUGAACUUUGGAUAUCAUCUAAGUGUUCCUGUUCCUUUGACGGUUCACAUGUGUCGAAGCAAGACUUGCUACAACACGAAAUUGAUUUACUGUUUCCUCACCUAAAAAAUGGAAACGAUGAAAACCCACUGAACAUUAUCCUUCCCGCAUACGAAACACUAUGGCGAGUCGUUCUUCGCUGCUUCCUAGAAGUUUCAUUCCUUAAGCUCUCCGAUGUCGCGACGCAAUGGAAGAAGAUCAUCCAUGAUUUUCUGCAGAAUAUAAGCCCAGAACAGUUCAGUGAACGGAAAGGAAGAUGCUCAGCUCAGGAUAUUGUGUUUGAAUCUCUCCGACUAUAUCCGCCAACAAAAAGAAUAUAUCGUCAAAACCAGAAGGAUGGAUGGAUCGCCGCUAUCGAUGUUGAGUAUUUACAGAGGACUGAAGAGAUAUGGGGUGCGGAUGGAAGUGAGUUUAGACCUGAGCGAUGGAGUGAAUUGGAAAAUGGUAAUGAUAAGACAUACAAAGAAGCGUGGAUGCCGUUUGGGAAUGGUAGUUUUCGAUGUCCGGCGAAGAAGGUGGCGCCGAUGAUGAUUGCAAUGUUGGUGGGAUGUUUGGUUGAGACUUUUGGUAACGGCCAGUGGGUUUUGGAAGAUGUAUGCGGAGAUAAUGAGAUAUUUAGGGGACAACCCUUGGACAAUGGGAGGGAUGCAUUUGGAAGUGUCUUUUUGAGACGGGUUGAAGUGAGCUAA